AUGGGUUUUGUAUUGCCUGGGAAGUCCAUUAAAAAGAGGAAAACUGCUAGAGGUGUUUUUAUCUCUUCUAGAGAGACACAGGUUGAUAAGCAAGGUCAGGUCGAUGUUAAUGCUGCAAUUAACAAGAAGGUUGAUGGUAUUGACAAAUCUAAAAAGAGAAAACUGGCGAAAGAAGACAGUAAAAGCAAUGCUUUGACAUUACUGAAUCUCCCCAUUGAUAUAAUUCUUGAGAUCUUCAGAUGUUUGGAUAGAAGGGAUUAUUACAAUUUUCAAAUGGUUGAUAAGUCUUUUAAUUGUAUUAUCAACCAUCGCUUGAACAAGCAAUUUUUGGUCCAAAGCAUUAUCAAACAGAAUUUAUUUGAUCUAAAUUCAGGAAUCAAAGAACUUUCUUUUUUUUUACCUCCUAUUUCCACCGAUAUUAAUCUGAUCAACCGAAGUUCUAGCAAUGUACGUAAUUUUAAUAAUAGUCCUUUCAGCAGUUUAUUCACUGACCUGAUGGAUCAUAGGAUUGUCAGUAACCUUUUUGUUAAUAACGCUCAUGUUGGAAAUAUCAAUAAUAAUAAUAAUAAUUUUAUCAGUCAGACCAACACUAACAUCAAUUCUACUGCUACUAACAUUGAUUUUCUUAAUAAUCGGACUGCUUCGGUUUAUAAUAGUCAUAAUAAUAGUACUCAUACUACCGAUAAUAAUAAUAAUAAAAAUUCAAUGCUUGUUGAAGAUGACUUUGUUUUGGAUAUUGACAUAUUAAAUUAUAAAUUUGUUAACUAUGAAUCAGUUAGAAAGUUUGGUUUCAAAUUAAUUUUACCAAAAGAUGAAAUUGAAAAAGAAAGGAGGCAAAGAUUUAAAUUUUAUAAAAUUAUGAAACAUAUUCAAUUUUAUAAUUAUUUAGCAAUUUUGAUUUGGUUCAAAAGAAAAGAAAAUGAUGAACUCAAAAAUAUAACUGUUCUGAAUUACGAUUAUCUCCAGGAUAUUGAUCUCCAAAAGGAUAAUAAGAAAAAUAAAAUAAUCUUGGGACCAGUAAAUGAAAAUAAUAAUAAAGAUUUUGAUAGACGUGAUAUAUUAAUUCAUUUAGAUAAUGAUAAAUAUCCUCUUAAUUUACUUAAAACUAAAAUCGAUUACUACAAAAGGAUUCAAAAAAAUAAAAUCUAUCAAAAGAUUUAUCAAGAGAUUUAUCGCAAAUAUAGGAAUCGGAAUUUCGGAGUUAAAGAAUACAUGCUAAAAAUAUUCAUUCAAUAUUAUAUUGCUGAAAAGACAUUUAUAAGAAAUAUAUUUAAAAAAUAUAAAGAUUCAAAGAAUUUUGAAAAAAUGUUUUUCAAUAUGCAACUCGAAAACGAAAAUUUUAUUCAAUUAAGAAUAUUUUUCAAAAUUGCUAACAGAUUCUUUUUCAAUGAACUAAAAGAUAUCCCGUAUUUUUGUAAAACAAACAAUUACUAUAACUACUAUAUACCUAUCAUUAGUUUCCCAAAAAGAUUCACAUUUACUAACAACACCAUUCAUGACAAAGAAUCUUUAUUGGAUAAACUUAAAUUGAUUAACUAUUUUUCAAAUAACUAUAAUCUAAGAUUCACAAAAGAUGAUGCAAAUAAAAUACUUUGUUUAUUCAUUGACAAUUAUGCAGAUGAUUUUGAUUUAUUUAAAAAAGAUGAAACCUCUACUAAUGACAAUAAUAAUAAUAAUAAUAAUAAUAAUAAUAAUAGCGAUAAUAAUGACAGUGAUAGUAAUACAGAGAAUGAUCAAGCCAAUACUCUUGAUGAUAUUUCUCGAAAUAACAAUCCAUUUAAUAAUACCAAUCCCCUUAAAAAAGAAAAUCGUUAUGAAAAAGUUUGUUUUGAUUCAAUUAAAUCAGUAUAUGACAUAACUGCUGUAUUGAUUAUCAAGGAAAUUUUGUAUGCUAGCCGUGAUUCUGAAAGGAUAAAAAAUUUUAAAGAUGAAAAUAGGCAGAUUCCAAGUAGCAUUGUGGACGGCAGUAAUACGGGUAUUAAUGAAAAUAGUAAUAAUGGUAUGGAAGGGCUUGAUAGUAAUCACAAUAACGGUAAUCGUAACAAUAGUUCAGUUAUUGAACAAUCGACAAAUUACUUUGAAAGAAGAAUGCCUACAUUUCCAAGAUUUAAUAAUAGAAUACCAUUAAUAAGGAAUCAACACAUCAAUAAUCGAUUUGAGAUAGAUCCAUACUAUAACACCGAGGAUAUUCUGGCAAUAAUCACAGAUAUUACGCAGUUUUUCAAUCUUAUUCGUAACAAUUUGUCGUUAAUGGAGGAUAAUUUAACAAGGAUUCAAAACACAUUUUCUAGAAGUUCAUUCAAGCCAUCAUUGAAAGUCAAAUCACCUAAACCAUUAAUUCGGUGUUUCGAGAAGAAUAAUUUAAAAAUGGCUGAGUUAAUACUUAGGUUUAUGGACAGUGGAGUACACGUUAGUGAGAAUGAGGAAUUAUGGGGAUAUAUGUUUCAAAAACAAAAUGUACGGCAAUGGGAAUUUUUAACAGAAAGAGGAUUUGAACCUUCGAUGAAGUUCAUGGCAUCAUUUUCUGAGAUCCCAGGAUUAAAUUGA